UUUUGAAGAAGUACAUGGACAACAGUCACCAGACAAAAGCUGUUUCCUGUAAGCAGGAGGGUCUUCCCUGUAUUGCGCCCCUAAUAGCCACGGUGGAGGAGACUCCACAGACCAUCUCCGCCCAAGUCCGAGGACAUUUCCCCAAGUGGCUCAAUGGCUCUCUACUUCGAAUUGGACCUGGGAAGUUUGAGUUUGGGAAGGACAAGUACAAUCACUGGUUUGAUGGAAUGGCGUUGCUUCACCAGUUUAGGAUGGAGAAGGGCACCAUCACAUAUAGGAGCAAGUUUCUACAGAGUGAUACAUACAAGGCCAACAGUGCUCAGAAUCGAAUUGUGAUCUCAGAAUUUGGCACACUGGCUCUCCCUGAUCCAUGCAGGAAUGUUUUUGAACGUUUCAUGUCCAAGUUUGAGCUACCUGCAAUAACUGACAACACCAGUGUCAACUAUGUGCGGUACAAGGGUGAUUACUACCUGAGCACUGAGACCAACUUUAUGAAUAAAGUGGACAUUGAAACCCUGGAAAAAACAGAAAAGGUAGACUGGAGCAAAUUCAUUGCUGUGAAUGGAGCAACUGCACAUCCUCAUUAUGACCCAGACGGAACUGCAUACAACAUGGGGAACUCCUAUGGGCCACAUGGUUCUUGCUAUAAUAUUAUUCGGAUUCCUCCAGAAAAGGGGAAUCUUGGGGAUACAAUCCAUGGAGCCCAAGUGAUAUGUUCGAUUGCUUCUGCACAGAGUUUUAAACCUUCUUAUUACCAUAGUUUCGGAAUGACGAAGAACUACAUAAUCUUCAUUGAACAACCUUUAAAAAUUAAUCUGUGGAAAAUAGUCACUUCUAAAAUUCGGGGAAAGGCCUUCUCAGAUGGAAUAAGCUGGGAGCCCCAGUAUAACACACGGUUUCAUGUGGUGAAUAAGCACACUGGACAGCUUCUUCCAGGGAUGUACUACAGUAAGCCUUUUGUUACUUUUCAUCAAAUCAAUGCUUUUGAGGACCAGGACUGUGUUGUAAUUGAUUUGUGCUGUCAAGAUAAUGGAAGAAACCUAGAAGUUUACCAACUACAGAAUCUUAGGAAAGCUGGGGAAGGGCUUGAUCAGGUCUACAAUUCAGUAGCCACAUCUUUCCCUCGAAGGUUUGUUUUGCCCUUACGUGUCAGUUUGAACGCCCCUGAGGGAGAGAACCUCAGCCCGUUGUCCUACUCCUCGGCCAGUGCUGUGAAACAGGCUGAUGGCAAGAUUUGGUGCUCUUAUGAAAAUCUACACCCUGAGAACUUAGAACAGGAAGGAGGUGUUGAAUUUCCCCAGAUCAACUAUGGCCAAUUCUGUGGCAAAAAAUAUCGUUUCUUCUAUGGCUGUGGCUUUCGGCAUUUGGUAGGGGAUUCUCUGAUCAAGGUUGAUGUGGUGAACAAGACACUAAAGGUUUGGAGAGAAGAUGACUUUUAUCCUUCAGAACCUGUUUUUGUUCCAGUACCAGGGACCAGUGAAGAAGAUGGUGGGGUUAUUCUUUCUGUGGUGAUCACCCCCAAUCAGAAUAAAAGCAACUUUCUCCUAGUCUUGGAUGCCAAGAACUUUGAAGAACUGGGCCGAGCAGAGGUGCCUGUGCAAAUGCCUUAUGGGUUUCAUGGCACCUUCAUAGCCACCUGAUGGAAGAACCACGAGGUCUGGGGACCAGGUUUAAAAUGAAUGUGCUCUGUACAAAAGAGGACCGAAAAGGGCACCUUACUUUCCAAACCAUAGACAUCUGGUUUCUAAAUUUCUAUUAAAAAAAAAAGAA